AAUAAGUGUUUGAUGGUUUCAUAUUGGAAACAUUUCAUAAAUAUAUAAAGAAUAAUGUCAAGUCCUAUGAGAUUAUCAGGUGCAGAUAGUCCUGGGAGGACUCCUAGAAGACAAACACGGAGUUCAAGGUCUCCUGUUUUUGGUACUCCUCGUAAUGCAGUCCAUACUGGAGUUGAUAAUGUAGAAACUCCAUUAAGAUGGGGCACUACUGGCACACGACAAAAUGCUUUAGAUUCUGGGAACAGAGCUGCUACAAUUUUAGCUUCUUCUGAACGUGAAAGUGGUGCUGAUUCUGGUGAUCAUUUUACGGAUCAAAUUAAUGGAUCAGAAAGUGGUUUGCAAUUAUCUUCUCCAAUAAAUUAUGGCACACCAAGUUCAUUGGGAUCAAUUCGUACUCCAAGAAGUGGAAUCCGAGGCACUCCGAUUAGACAUAGACCUGAUAUUAAUACAGAUAAACGUUUACGUCAAUUUACAUUACAAGAACCUAUUUCAGAAGCACAAAAUGGUACAUCAGAAAGUGAUACAGCUGGACCCCAUUUGGUUGUUUGGGGAACAAAUGUAGUUAUAAGUCAGUGUAAAGAACAAUUCAAAUUAUUUUUUCAACAAUUUAUUGACCCAGAUGCAGAGAAUGAUGAAUUACCAGAAAAUAUGAAUCUAUUGGAACCUUUGUAUCUUCAAAAAUUGGAAGAGAUACAUACUUUGGAAGAACCAUAUUUAAAUGUCAAUUGUGCUCAUAUAAAAACAUUUGAUAAACAUCUUUAUCAACAAUUAGUUUCAUAUCCUCAAGAAGUAAUUCCAACAUUAGACAUGGCAGCAAAUGAAUUAUUCUUUGAAAAAUUUCCAGCAGCUGUGUUAGAACAUCAAAUUCAAGUACGCCCCUAUAAUGUGGCUAAUAUUGCAACUAUGAGGGGAUUAAAUCCAUCUGAUGUAGAUCAAUUAAUUACAAUACCAGGAAUGGUAAUUAGAGUAUCACGAUUAAUUCCACAAAUGCGAGAAGCUUAUUUUAAAUGUAGUGUUUGUGCUUUUACAACUCUCAUAGAAAUUGACAAAGGGAAAACAAAAGAACCUACAGUAUGUGCACAUUGCACACAUAAAUAUUCUUUCACUUUAAUACAUAAUUUGAGUCAUUUCUCUGAUAAACAAAUGAUUAAAUUGCAAGAAGCCCCAGAUGAGAUGCCACAAGGACAGACUCCACAUACUAUAGUUUUAUUUGCACACAAUAAUUUAGUAGAUGCAGUGAUGCCUGGAGAUAGGGUUUCUGUUACUGGAAUUUAUAGAGCAGCAACUCAUAAACCUAAUUUUGAACAUAAUUUACAAGCUAUUUAUAAAACUUACAUUGAUGUAGUUCACUUUAGAAAACAAGAUUCCAAGCGGCUCUAUGGUCAGGAAGAUGGUAAAGAACAUAAUUUUACACCAGAAAGAAUAGAAAUUUUAAAAUCACUGUCGCAGAAGAAGGAUAUCUAUGAUCGAUUAGCAAGACAUAUUGCUCCUAGUAUAUAUGCAAAUAAUGAUGUGAAAAAAGGAAUUAUAUUACAAUUAUUUGGUGGCACUAGAAAAGCUUCUACUGUACAUGGCAAACAUUUUCGACCUGAUAUCAAUAUAUUACUCUGUGGUGAUCCUGGAACAAGUAAAUCACAACUAUUGCAAUAUGUUUACAAUUUGGUACCACGAUCUCAAUAUACUAGUGGAAAAGGAUCUAGUGCAGUUGGGUUAACAGCUUAUGUUACAAAAGAUCCAGAAACUGGACAAUUGAUAUUGCAAACAGGAGCUUUGGGACUUGCAGACAAUGGGAUAUGUUGCAUUGACGAAUUUGAUAAAAUGAAUGAAAAUGCAAGAUCAGUACUACAUGAAGUAAUGGAACAACAAACUUUAAGCAUUGCUAAAGCUGGAAUUAUUUGUCAGUUAAAUGCUAGAACUAGUAUACUUGCAGCUGCUAACCCAUCUGAAUCUCAAUGGAAUAAAAAUAAAACUGUGGUCGAAAAUGUGAAAUUACCACAUACUCUCCUUUCUCGAUUUGAUUUAAUUUUUUUGAUACUAGAUCCACAAAACGAUACAUAUGAUAAUAAACUUGCAACUCAUAUGGUAUCUUUAUACUAUAAAACAUUAGAAGAAGAUGAAGAUGAACAAAUAAAUAGAAGUAUUGUUCGAGAUUAUAUAGUUUUUGCAAAAGAACAUGUUCAUCCUGUUCUCAAUGAAGAAAGUCAACAAAGAUUGAUACAAGCUUAUGUUGACAUGAGAAGAGUUGGAAGGGGACGUGGACAAAUAACUGCAUAUCCUAGACAAUUAGAGUCUUUGAUACGUUUAUCUGAAGCACAUGCUAAAGUACGUCUAAGUUCUAUCGUGGAGUUGCAAGAUGUAGAAGAAGCAUGGAGGUUGCACAGAGAAGCUUUAAAACAAUCUGCAAUUGAUCCAUUAAGUGGUAAAAUAGACAUAACUAUUUUAACUACAGGUAUAUCUUCAGCAGCCAGAAAAAGAAAGAAAGAAUUAUGUGAUGCACUUCAAAAACUUAUUGAAAACAAAGAUAAAGUUCAUAUACUUAAUCAACAAAAAAUCUUUGCUGAAAUAAAGCAAUCUUCUGAAUUGCUAAUUACUAGAGAUAUGUUUGAAGAUGCUUUAAGAGAAUUACAAGAUAAUGGAUUAAUAACAAUAAUAGGAAAAAGCAGUAUUCGUAUUUCUUAA